GUGUUUUCUUUUUCACCGAGAAGACCGCGUUUGCUACAAAAGAUCUCGAAAGUGGGUAGAUCUCGCGGCCCGGGCAUUAUAUAAAACCCCUCCCCGCAUUUGUUUGUUUCUUGUCAACUCUCUCUACUCUCUCUCUCUCUCGACACAAACUCUUUCCAGAUCUCUCUCGUUCUCUGUGUCUUCUUCUACUUCAAGCAAAGAGCUCCUCUUAAGGUUAUACUUAAGAACCAGAUAUGGUGAAGAUCUGUUGCAUUGGUGCCGGAUAUGUUGGGGGCCCUACCAUGGCUGUGAUUGCACUUAAGUGCCCUUCCGUUCAGGUCGCUGUUGUUGAUAUAUCAAUUCCUCGGAUAGCUGCCUGGAACAGUGACACACUCCCCAUCUAUGAGCCAGGCCUUGAUGAUGUGGUCAAGCAGUGCAGAGGCAAGAAUCUCUUCUUCAGCACUGAGGUGGAGAAACAUGUAUUCGAGGCUGAUAUUGUCUUUGUUUCGGUUAACACCCCGACCAAGACUAGGGGCCUUGGAGCAGGCAAGGCUGCUGAUCUGACAUACUGGGAGAGUGCUGCUCGAAUGAUCGCUGAUGUGUCAAAAUCCAACAAGAUAGUGGUUGAGAAGUCAACUGUCCCAGUCAAAACAGCAGAAGCAAUUGAAAAAAUCUUGACCCACAACAGCAAGGGAAUCAGUUUCCAAAUCCUUUCCAACCCAGAGUUUCUUGCAGAGGGAACUGCCAUUGAAGAUCUUUUCAAACCUGACCGUGUUCUAAUCGGAGGUCGGGAAACCCCUGAAGGUCAAAAGGCAAUUCAAACUCUCAAGGAGGUUUAUGCCCAGUGGGUCCCAGAAGACCGAAUUAUUACCACUAAUUUAUGGUCUGCAGAGCUUUCAAAGCUUGCCGCCAAUGCUUUUCUGGCACAAAGAAUCUCUUCUGUUAAUGCUAUGUCUGCUCUUUGUGAGGCUACUGGUGCUAAUGUUUCUGAAGUAGCGUAUGCAGUCGGUAAGGAUUCAAGAAUUGGGUCCAAGUUCCUGAAUGCUAGCGUUGGUUUCGGCGGGUCUUGCUUCCAGAAGGACAUUCUGAACCUGGUUUACAUCUGUGAAUGCAAUGGCCUCCCAGAGGUUGCAGAAUACUGGAAGCAAGUUAUUAAGAUCAAUGAUUAUCAGAAGAGCCGUUUUGUAAACCGUGUCGUGGCCUCCAUGUUUAACACUGUUUCAGGCAAAAAAGUUGCCAUCCUAGGAUUUGCCUUUAAGAAGGAUACGGGUGACACUAGAGAGACUCCAGCUAUCGAUGUUUGCAAGGGGCUGUUGGGUGACAAAGCCCGAAUUAGCAUAUACGACCCACAAGUGACUGAGGAUCAGAUUCAAAGGGACCUCUCAAUGAACAAAUUUGACUGGGAUCACCCCCUUCACCUGCAGCCAAUGAGCCCCACUACUGUGAAACAAGUGAGUGUGGUUUGGGAUGCAUAUGAGGCAACAAAGGAUGCCCAUGCUGUUUGCAUUCUCACUGAGUGGGAUGAGUUUAAGAAUCUCGACUACCAGAAGGUAUACGAUAACAUGCAAAAACCUGCUUUUAUCUUCGAUGGUAGGAAUGUUGCUGAUGUUGAGAAGCUGAGGGAUAUUGGUUUUAUUGUAUACUCCAUUGGUAAGCCGCUGGAUGCCUGGCUCAAGGACAUGCCUGCUAUUGCAUAAAUGCAUCACAUUCUGUUGUUUGGGUUGCCAUCCCUUCAAUUUAGUAACCGGAACCAUAUUGUUACACGCUUCUGUAAUAUUUUGCUUAAUGGUUUUCCCAUUUUAUAUGUUUAUUUUUACCAUGUUCUUACAGUUCAGGUGACUACCCUUACUAUUGAUAUUACCAUCUGGAUUAGAAAUUAUGUUUUCUUUCCUACAUUGUAUUGAUAAUUUUACUUUUGGCA